UUAGCUCAAGCGAACAUUAAUUAAUUAACGGAUACUUAAGCUCACACAUACACUAAUUAACAGAUAUUUUGACUCACAGAAAUAUUAAUUAACAGAUAUUUUGACUCACAGAAAUAUUAAUUAAUUAACAGAUACUUCUACAGAAUAGUCUACACUUUGUUCGAGCGACCACUAAUCUACAGGUAACCAAUCAGGAAACUGCUCGCUUCUGAUAGGCUGAACAUAAGAUGCUAACAAUACUUCUUGAUGCAUUUUGAAAUUUCACUUUACAUUUUGUUUUCAGGUGUUCUACUUGAUAAGACAAGAAAUACACUUCGUUCUGAAGAUGAGUCAUCCGUUCUUCCAUAAUACGUCUCUAGUGGACGAAAUAAAACAACUACUAACGUCAACCGUCACACUCGGUAUGGAUGCUAAGACAGUGCCAAGAUUAGUUGACCAUGACGAUUUCCAGCUGAACGGAAGGGACACGGAGUUAUAUCCUGAGACUCCAGACCAGCUUCGAUUUUCACAUAAAUGUAAACAACGAAAACAAUCCGAAUGUGUUUUUUGUAAAAAGAAUGGCGAAACGGUUCUCUUUUACAGAAGCCACGUACUCCGAAACGAUGGUGGCAAAAUCGUCUGUCCGGUAUUAAGACGGUACAAUUGUCCUUUAUGUAACAAUGGGGGAGGUGAUAACGCUCAUACGAUUCGGUAUUGUCCAAACAGGAGAAUCUCUGGAAAAAAGGAUCAAACUGGAAAUGUUACACUUUAACUUCCGAAAAAAUAUAUUACUUAUAGAAUGUUAUUAUACAAGAAAACAAUAAUAGGAUAGAUACAAAUGUAGAAAUACAAACUGAAAGACUUACUGAGGAAACUGUGUGUAUUAUGUACAUAUUUAACGGUCGACCGCUAGGUGGCAAUAAUCAAUGUUAACCCUACGGGGGACAAAUAGCUUACUGAAUAGGAGAUUCUUGUAAGAAAACUGAAAUAAUAAACUAUUGUAUGUUUUAUACUUGACAUAUUUAACAGUCGAAUAUGUACUCCGCUAGAGGGCAGUAGUAAAUUUUUAACACUUUACUGGUAGCCUUUCUUAAAACGAAAUUCCUGUAAGAAGGAUUACUGAAGUAUCUGGAUUUUUGUCGAUCGAGGCCUUUAUUAUUUUAAUAGAAUUUGAGGUGGUUUUGGUUGCCCUAAAAUGAUUUAUUUUCUUUUUUCUCGUUUCCAACGCCAGGUAUAGGUAAUUUGAUGUUUAUAAUCGAACCAUGGUGCAACCUGAUGUGUAUGGAUUCAUUUCGCUGAUUGUUAUUUAAAGUAAACAUUACUAUAAUGAA